GUUCUUGCCAUUAAGACAUUGCAAAGGAGGGGAGGUUCUUUCUGACAGCUUGUAUAGCCAAGUUUCCUGUCGCGAGUGAAGCUCCCCGCGAACCAGAAAUUUUAGAGAUGAUCCGCUUUAUCCUCAUUCAGAACCGCGCAGGCAAAACUCGUUUAGCAAAAUGGUAUAUGAAUUUUGAUGAUGAUGAAAAGCAGAAGCUCAUCGAAGAGGUCCACGCUGUCGUAACCGUUCGCGACGCAAAACAUACGAACUUCGUCGAGUUUCGGAACUUUAAGAUCGUUUACAGACGGUACGCGGGUCUAUAUUUCUGUAUUUGCGUCGACGUAAACGAUAAUAACCUAGCGUACCUCGAAGCGAUCCAUAACUUUGUUGAAGUCCUCAAUGAGUACUUCCACAAUGUGUGCGAGCUAGAUCUCGUCUUCAAUUUUUACAAGGUGUAUAGCGUUGUUGACGAGAUGUUCCUUGCUGGCGAAAUACGGGAAACGAGUCAGACCAAAGUUCUUAAACAGUUGCUCGUGUACAAUUCUCUUGAGUAAAGUUAACCCAACCCCCUUUAUCUAAUAAUGGAUGGUCGAAAUGGCCCGAUACUCAUUACGCAACGUCGUUGACGACGAGCCUACAAAUGUUGCUCCUCAUUAUCAGCUAAGUACCAACUCACAUCGGCCUCACUGGCAUACGACUGCUCCGCUGUACCCACAGCACCCGCAGCCCUGCAUACAAACCGGAAACGAGAUCGUCGUGGUUGUCCAUUCCAGUAUCUUCGGAUCUCAGCAAGUGCAUUUGAUUUUAUUCAAAACGUCUCACAGCGCCCGCCACGUACUUCCAAAAUUAUCGUACAUAUCCAGAUGCGAUGGAAAAGCGCACCGAUUGCUAUGAUAUGCCGAAGUAUCGAGUGGUUAAACUGAUAUUAUCAUAUAUAAAGUAAUAUUGAUUAUGACGCAAUAAACCCGCGAGGGCUUUGCGCAUUGAGUAUCGCGUUGUACGUUUCUACAAACCACAGAUCAAAAGUUACGGCAUGCAACGACCCUACACCGGUCUGUUAAUCGCUUGAUAAAAUUUUGUUUUGUUUACCUAAAUUGUAAUCGUAGAUCAUAAAAUAGAAUCGAUUUUUUUUCUCUUUUUCAUUCUUUAUCUUGAAACAAAAGAGGAAUAAUCAGAAAAAAUUUAGCUUUACCCGGAAAAAACGAACGAUGCAUAGCUUGUACGUUACAUAGAUCAACAAAAAUAGCCGGCCCAACAGAAAAAAAGUAAAUUUUCAAGACAACAAGAGCACUCAGCAGUGUGGCAGAGAUCAUUUGGAUUUUUCUGAUGGCAGACUUGACGGAAGGUAGAAUGGAAGUAAUGAUUAUAUCAUUUACAUACACCAUUAUAUAUAUUCUUACCUAUGGGCGGUGUUCAGAGUCAAGAUGAGAUUGGUUGUAACAAAACCAGAAGUAUAUUUUGUUAGAGAGUACUUGGAGCAGGCACCAUAAAAGCUCCUCAAAUAAGGUCGGAUGUUCUCAAGAAGUUGGCGCAACUGAGCGAAGGAGGUCGGAACGUAGACACAUCUGGUAGAUUAAGGCGAUACAUAGCGGAUACAUCGAAUUGGGCUUUUGGUUGAUAAUCCAAUUGAAUGAGCUCUGAAGGGUUCGAAAUAGUGAAAAUGAGUGGAAAUUCUAAGUUCUAAACAUGAGGAUGCCGGUGAUGAUUAUCAAAAGCGAGUUUCAUGUAAGUUGUAUAUUUUCUAUGUGCUAUGCAAAUGUAAACUACAUGAAUAACUGGGCUCUAUCAUAUAAGCUACGAAAAGUUUCGUUAAAUUUGACGUGCAGCAUUUAAUAAGUUGACAAUUAAUACAGACAUAUUGAACACUUCUAAGUAAACACGAUGUAUCUUUGAUCUACAAAAAGAGUAGAGUAUGCGUUUAGUAAGCAUAAAAACAAUCGUGUAGAAAGAUGGCAAUUUAACUGUCUAUUCUAUACUAAAUAAAGAGUGUCAAAAUUGAGUUAGA